AUGAAGUUUGCGAUUGAAGCUACCAAUUCCUACGACAGCAUCCAUCCUGCUUAUCACUACACUGAACAAUUUAACAACAACUUGGAAACCUAUCAGGAAGGGACAAAAUGGGGAGGGAUAUUUCUGGCUUUCCUAUCCGGAACUUUUUUCACCAUCAGCUCAGCGUUAGUGAAAGCGAUCCGAAAUGUGGAUCCGAUGAUUCUUCUCGGAAUUCGAGCCAUUUUCCAGAUGAUUUUGAUGCUAAUUAUCGCUUGCAGAGAAUCUAACAUAUUCGGUCCCAAGGGGCAGAGGCUCCUCAUCCAUUUCCAGGGACUGGUUGGUGGAUUGACCUUGUGUCUUUUAUACUACAGCUUCCGAAAACUCCCGCUAGGAGACGCAACGACCAUAAUAUUCAGUUCUCCAGUAAUUGUCAUCGCCUUGUCUUUUAUAUUUCUGAAAGAACCUUGUGGAGUUUUGCGGAUCGCUGUGAUAUCUGCCCUCUUCGCUGGCGUCGUCUUAGUAUCAAAACCGCCUUUUCUAUUCCAAUUGGAUAAAUCUGAUGAGCGCGACCCCAUGGGUUACGUAUGUGCCUUCCUGGCAACUUUAUUCACCGCUCUAAAUAUCGUCAUCAUGAGAAAAUGCGUCGAAAUCCAUUUCGCCGUCAUCGUCCUGAAUCUUUCGGCCUGGACUUUUUUAUCUGCAGCACUUUUCUACUUAAUCAAUACUGAAGGAAACUUCAGAUUCUAUUAUCCGAAAGACUGGUUCACCUGGGGACAAAUUCUCCUCGUGGCGAUUACAGGACUCUCCGGCCAGGUCCUGGUAGCAAAAGCCUUGAAGAUUGAAGGCGCUGGAAAAGUUUCCGUUACCCGUUCCCUGGACAUCAUCCUCGCUUAUGUCUGUCAGAUAUAUUUUUUCGGUGAAGUUCCAAAUUUGUGGAGUGCCUUUGGUGCAGUGCUAAUCCUUCUUUCUGUCAUUUGCAUGGGAUUCGAGCGUGAAAUCUACGGCGUUUGUGACUUUAUCCCUUGA